AAUCGUGCCGCGAUGAAAAAUCAACGACGAUAGGGCGCGCGCACGCGCGAAACUUGUUGUGUAUUUAUCUAUCUAACUUGCAAUUCGCUCGUACGCUCGCUCGCUCGGGGUUUGCGAUCGGAUUUACAAUCAGUUGGUAAAAGAACUCCGUUGAAACCACACCCCGGACGACAGACGCGCCUUAUUGUACCAAUGCUCUAGGUAGGUAAGCUUCCUCUCUCCCCUCCACACUUCGGAGUCUCGGUCAGACACUACACACAUACAUACCGUACAUACAUACCGUACAUUACAUAUCAUAUCCGCUUUCCCAUCCCCCCCUCCCCCUACGCGCCGAGAAACCCGACGCUCCACUCUCCGCACGAAAGAUGGAAACUGAAGCGAAUGCUACCGAUCGAGCGCGAGAUGUGGUUGUCGACGAGACGGCGCCGCUGCUUGGUGUCGUCGAAGAUGACAGUGGGGGCGCAAGUGGAAGUGGAAGUGGGAGUGAUUAUCUGAAGGACUGGGAGCACCAUCCGUGGUACCGGACGCCAUCCAUCUUCUGGCUCCUGCCGGUAUUUAGUGUGUUCUCGAUUGCGUUCGGCGGUGUGGCGGUGCCCCGCCUCAACAUCAUCCUCGACUUGAUAUGUCGCCAGUACUUUUCCGAACAGAACUCGGCGCCCGGCGCGCCGCAGGCUGUGCUGCCAACUAUCGGCGGGUUUGAUAAUGAGAUGUGCCAGAUUCCCGAGGUCCAUGCGAGAACAUCAACUUUCAUUCUGGUGUUGGGUUUGAUUACGGGUCUGCUCGGCGCCUUCACCUCUCCGCGGCUCGGCCAACUGUCUGACCGCUACGGUCGGUGCGGAGUGAUGGCGCUCGCCUCACUCGGCCUUGUUGCCGGCGAGAUAACCACGAUCCUCGCCGUCAAGUACCCGCAGUACUUUGACGUCAACAUCCUGCUCGUCGGCGCCGCGAUCGAUGGGCUGUGCGGCAGCUUCUUGCUGGUGCUGGCUCUGGCAAACACCUAUGGCACCGAUUGCACGACUCCGCGGCAACGCGCAAUGGCGUUCGGUCUGUUCCAGGGAUGUCUGUUCCUUGGUAUUGCGGUCGGCCCGGCGCUGGGUGGUCUGUUGGUCGAGUGGACGGGGAAUAUUCUGAGUAUCUUUUACGUUGCCGUGGUAGCGCACACAGCGUCUAUCCUGUUCACCCUAUUCAUCCUUCCGGAAUCGCUCUCGCAGCGGCGCAUCCUCGAAGCGCGAGCGAAGCACACCGCCACGUCCGCGGGCUCUGGCACGGGCAUCGGCAAGCACUGGUUCAAUCCUCGGCACCUCUUCGAGCCGCUGUCGAUCCUGUUCCCCACUGCACCGGGGACCAGCACCCGCCUGCGCCUGAACAUCCUCUUCCUCGCCGCAAUCGAGUGCACCCUCUUCGGCGUCGGCAUGGGCUCCAUGACCGUCAUCAUCAUGUACGCCGAGCGGCAGUUCGGCUGGCGCAACUUCGAGUCAUCAAUGUACCUCUCCAUCGUCAACUCCGUGCGCGUAACGAUGCUCGUCGUCGUCCUCCCGCUCCUAAUAACCUGGUACCGGCGCUCGCGCAACACACAACACCACCGAGGCUCGGACUCCCUCGAAAUCUUCCUGAUCCGCUUCGCCAUCCUCUUCGAAGCCGUAGGCUAUUUCAGCUACGCAGUAGCUCCAACCGGCGCGCUGUUCACUCUAGCAGGCGUAUCCGUCGCCCUCGGCGGCGUCGGCUCGCCGACUAUACAGUCGUCGCUCACCAAACACGUGCCGGACGAUAAGACCGGACAGCUGCUGGGCGCGCUGGCACUAUUGCAUUCGCUCGCGAGGGUGGUUACCCCAACCGUGUUUAACCUCGUCUAUGCGAAAACGGUGGCUACCGUGCCGCAGACGGUGUUUAUAUGCCUUGGGGCGGCGUUUGCGGGCGCGGCGGUUUGUAGUCUGUUUGUGAGGACGGGGGUAUUGGUAGAUGAGAGAGAGUAG